AUGAAAGGUGUAGUCGAACGUACACCAAAGACACAUGCAUACCUGAAUCUUGGUAGUCCACUCAACGCAAUCAGUGCAUCUCACGAUGGAACUGUAAAGAUUGUUUCGUUAGAGAAUGAUGAACAGCCGAAAGUGGUAAUCAAUUUGCGUGCUGGUAAAACACAAUCGUUGAACUAUACUGGUAAUGAUUGUUGUUGGCAUCCAUCACAAGUCGAAAAUUAUAAAUAUUUGAUAUCAACAGCAGCUACGAAUGGUGCUGUAGUAGUUUGGAAUAUAACGAGAGAGGGUGCAAGAUCCGUUGAAAAAGUAUGGACAGAUCACAACAGAGCUGUCAACAAACUGGCUUGGCAUCCUGAAAAGUCUGAUUUCCUUCUAACAGGUUCACAAGAUACAACCUUAAAGUUAUCGGUGGUUCCACCGCCACCGUCACCACCGCGAACAGAGAAAGGUGUUCUCUAUAUACAUUCACCACUCGGUGCUGGCAAGACCGACAAGAUCGUCGACCCCUCCAUCCUCUUUGAAUACUUUGCCAAGAACUACAAAUUUAAAGAUCUUCCAUUCAACGAAUUAUGUCAACACAACGAAUCGGUUGCACUUCGUGUCAAUCAAUAUCAAAUCGCUAAACUUUGGUCAAUAUUAAGAUUAUAUUAUGAUAAUGAAGAUAAUAAUGAUAAUAAUAGUAAUAAUAAUAAUAAUAUUAAUAAUAGUCUUGAUAAUAAUAACGAUAUUAAUAACAAACAAAAUGAAAAUAAUAAUAAUAAUAUAAAUAGUAAACAAAAACAACAACAAGAUUUGAAUAGUAAAGAAAUUAAUAGUAAAGAAAAUAGUAAUAAUAGUAAUAGUAAUGUUAAUAGUAGUAAUAAUAAUAGUAUAAUUGGAGGUAGUCAACAACUUGGGGUUGUUUCUGGUAAUGGAAUUUUGGUGACUGAUGAUAAACUGUUGAUGGGUGGUGGUAGUAAUUCUUUAGAUGGAAAUUCAAUGGAAGGGUCAGCUAUAAUUUCGAGUGGAAAGAAUAAUAUGAAUAGUCCGGUGUUUAUCGAUGACCAGAGUAGCUCUGCAUCACUCGGUAAUUCCAAUGGUCUACUGGAUGACUCUGACGACGAUCCCAUCUACAGUAUUCUAUCGGCAGAAGCUGUCACACCACUGGUUUCACUACCGACACGUGCACCUUCACCAACGUCAAAGUUGGACGGUCUCGACUCAUCAUCGAUCUCAUCGUCUUCCUCACUGAGAAAGAAGUUUAACUCAUUCAAUAGCUUGAAUAUGGGUGGGGUUGGUGAUGGAUCGAAUCACCACCACCACCAUCAUCAUCACAGCAAUAACGAAUCAAUCAUUCUAAGAAGUGUAAGCAGUAGUAAUCUAGAUAUAAUGAACAAGUCAAACGUUUCCACUAUGUUUGAUCAACCUCCCUCAUCGUUGUCGAAGCGUCGAUACAAACAACAUGCUGGUAGCGGAAGUAAUUCCAUUACGAUUGUCGAUAGCGACCUAUCGAUGUCGAUGUUUCCAGAGUUGGAGAUUCCACAGUUUGAUAUGCAUCCGGUGAUAGUUGAGAUCCUGGAGAGUUGUAUUGAACGCGGAGACGUGCAGACCUGUGUAUUUACCGUUCUCAUUAUGAAAGACCGGCUAAAGUUGGACAGUCUUCGUGUGUCUCAGUGGUUUGGCUCGUACGUAGAGCUACUGCAUCGUUUCAAGAUGUGGAACUGCGCCAAUGAAAUAAUGAAGAGUUGCGAAGAUCCAUCGGUGGGAUCACUCAGUCAGCGAUCGACAUCGAUUCUGAUAUCGUGUGGCUGUGGUAAGACACUGACACCAAACAACUGGGUUUGCGACAAAUGUGGAACGGUGCCAGCGGAAUGCUCAGUCUGUCGACUCCCUGUGAAAGGAGCGUUUGCCUGGUGCCAAGGAUGUGGUCACGGAGGUCAUCUCGAACACAUGAAGAAAUGGUUCGAGUCGGAUCACGAAGUUUGUCCAACCGGAUCAUGUACACAUAUUUGUAAACCAAGAACAACCAUUAUAGCAUAA